AUGGAUACUACCCGCUACGAGCAUAUUCUUUCUGGAGAUUCCACGAUGCCAACGCCUCAACUGGCCUCCAUCACAACCUCGCGGUCGUCCUCACCACAACCCCACGGUCCCCGGAACAAUAGUAUUCCUAUGUCCAUUGCCCCCCCUGCUCAUCCAUCUCCCACCCCUCCCCCAUCCGCUCCCCCAACCUUCUGGUCACCUGCCAACUCCAUUCGACAUGCAACUGAGCCAUCCCAGGGUUAUGGGCGCCUCCGCCAUCUAGACCGUAUGAAGCGCGAACAACACGCCCUAGCAGCGCAUGAGCCCCUGGUUAUGAAAUGGGAUAUGGAAGAUCUGAGUAAGAUUAUCGAAGCUCUUGAAUCAAGUAGCAAAGGUCUCCAGAAACAAAAGAAGCCGUGGCAAGACAAAAGAGACGAAUCAGCUUCAAAAUUCGAUCCGAGAGCACCACAUUUCGAUGUGGUUUUGAUUGAUCUAACGAACGCAUCAGAGAGCCUGUACAUCAAGUGUACAGAGAGUGACAUUGACGACAGUAACCUAGAGGAUCUAGGGGAAGCUGAGUUAUCACAGAAAGAGGGCGAUGGGGGAAACGAAUCUUACGAUAGCCCUGGGAACAAUAAUGCUGGGGGGGAUAGAGUGAGAAAGGACAUAAAUAAUCUAUCAAUGGAGAGUCUAGCAGGUCGCCCUGGAUGGCUGUUUCUAUGGGUCGGUACCACGGAGAAUAUACCAGAAGGUAGACGCAUAUUAGGAAAGUUUGGUUUCAGAAAGGUUGAGUGCAUUGGAUGGAUGAAAACCACCAAUGGAACUUGGGACAAGAUCAUUAUACCCGAGGGUGAACAUCUUUCCCCCGAGCCCGCCGGAAAUGGUGUUCUCCGCCGUGGGCUUGAAUGGUGUUUAGUGGGUGUCAAGGGGACAGCAAAACGGCAAGUCCAGUUAUUUGUUAACGUUUCGGUGGAUUUGGACUGA